AUGGUGAUGAUUAGAGCCAAUGUUGAGGAGGACCGCGAAGCAACUAUGGCAAGAUUCCUGCCUGGACUAAACAAGAACAUUGCUGACUUAGUGGAGCUACAUCACUAUGUCGACAUGGAGGACAUAUUAGACAUGGCGGUCAAAAUUGAGAGGGGCGAUGGUGAAGUUGUUAGCGAAAGUGAAGAAGAUGAGAUGCUUGAGUUAGAAGAUGCAAGUGAUAAGACCUUGCAAGAGCCUGCAUAUAGAGAGAUAGAAGUGAAGAUAAACAAGCAAGUGAGAAUGGUGUUCACCAUAGGCAAGUAUGAAGAUGAGGUUUUAUGUGAUGUAGUGCCUAUGCAUAUGAGCCACAUCCUUUUGGGGCGUCCUUGGCAAUACGAUAGGAAGGUCAUUCAUGAUGGGUUUUCAAAUAGGCCAGCAUAUCGAAGUAAUCCCCAGGAAACGAAGGAACUCCAAAGACAAGUUGAAGAGCUCUUGAGCAAAGGCUACAUUAGAGAAAGCAUGAGUCCAUGUGCCGUACCUGUCUUACUUAUGCCUAAAAAGGAUGGAACUUGGCGUUUAGGAAUUGAUGCUGUAUUGAUGCAAGAAGGGCGACCAAUAACCUAUUUUAGUGAGAAGUUGAAUGGAGCCGCAUUGAAGUACCCUACAUAUGAUAAAGAGCUAUAUGCGUUGGUUAGGGCUUUGGAGACAUGGCAAUACUACCUUUGGUCGAAAGAAUUUGUGAUUCAUACAUAUCAUGAGUCCUUGAAGCACUUGAAAGGGCAAAACAAGCUCAAUCGAUGCCAUGCGAAGUGGAGCGAGUUCAUAGAGUCUUUUCCUUAUGUAAUUAAAUACAAACAAUGUAAGGAUAAUUUUAUGGCUGAUGCAUUUUCAAGAAGGUACGCAUUACUUGCUGCUCUAUAUGCCAAGUUAUUAGGAUUUGAGUACAUUAAAGGCUUAUAUGAAAAUGAUAAUGACUUUGGCAAAAUGUAUCAAGCAUGUGAGAAAGUUACUUUUGAUAAGUUCUAUAGGCAUGAAGGCUACUUGUUUAAAGAGAAUAAAUUGUGUGUACCUACAUGUUCUAUGCAUGAGCUGCUUGUGCAUGAAGCCCAUGAUUUUUAG